CUGAAGCUCCGGUCGUGUUUCUCCCGAAAUGAAAGUAAAACUCUGAGCAGUCGGGAGUUUCUGACACUCUUUCGUGGUCUUUAAUGCCUGUAUGACGUGUGUUCGGACAAACUCACGUGCACUGAACGAGAUGUUUUAAAAGCUCUUUUGAUCAUCACAUGAAUGUUAAAGUGGCAUAAAAACAGAAAUGAAAAGCUAAUGAGGAACUAAUGACUGAGUAUUUCCCUUUGUGCUUCACACAAGAAUACAAUCAACACCUGCUUGACAUGUCUGAAUCUUCACGCUUACGAGGUGUUCAAAAACGGACCUCUUAUCAGAGCUUACAUGACAAUUAUGUGUCAAACACCAAGGACUCAAAGUGCCCUGUUUCUGUCCUGUUGGCCACUGGAUGUUUAAUCGUCUUAGGGGUUUUAUUGGCCAUCGUGGUAAUAGAGAAACUAAAGAGUGAAGAUGACACACCGGCAUGCUGUAACUACACCGUCCCCAAUGAGCACAGCAGGAUGGUUCUGGUUGAGAGUUUCCCUGUCAGCAUGGAUUACGGGAGAAACGCCAGCGCUGGAGGAAGCCUGUUUGAAGCCUGGAAGGAUCUUCUGUCUUCGGCCACCGAACAAAUCGACGUGGCGUCGUUCUACUGGUCUCUGACGGCUGAAGACAUCAACGUGAACUCCAGCGCGGACAGAGCUGGCAGAGAGAUAUUAGAGGAGUUCAGAGCGUUACCGUCGAGAAACGUGUCUGUGCGAGUGGUGACCAGCAUCCCGACUGUGGCUCUCAAUUCAACAGACCUGCGAGUCCUGAGAGAAAGCGGAGUACAGGUACGACGAGUGAACUUCGGCCGCUUGACUAAAGGAGUCCUUCAUACUAAAUUCUGGAUUGUGGACGGGAAACACGUUUACAUCGGCAGCGCCAACAUGGACUGGAGGUCUUUAACGCAGGUGAAAGAGCUGGGUGUGGUGAUCUACAACUGCAGUGGUUUGGCCGCCGACCUGCAGAAGAUCUUCCAGUCGUACUGGGUCAUGGGUCGCUCCAACACUUCUCUCCCGGACCCGUGGCCGUCCUCCUACCAAACCUCCAUCAACCAGGAGCAUCCGCUGCCUCUCAACCUCAGCGGUGUGGCCAGUCGAGUUUACAUCACGGCCUCUCCGCCGGCGUUCUGUCCGGCCUCUCGAACCCGAGACCUCGAUGCCAUUCUGUCGGCCAUCAGAGACGCGCAGGUCUUCAUACACGUGGCCGUCAUGGAGUUUUAUCCCGCCUCCAAGUACUUCCAUCAACAUGGAUACUGGCCGGUCAUUGAAGACGCCCUGAAGCGCUCGGCCUUCGAGAGGAACGUGUCCGUGAGUCUGCUGGUCAGCUGCGGUCGAGACACUGACCCGUCCGUGUGGCCGUUCCUCCGCUCGUUAGACGCUCUCCGCUCCCCGUCCCACAACAUCAACAUCGCAGUGAGGCUGUUUAUCAUUCCCGUGGGGAACCAGUCGCACAUCCCCUACUCCAGAGUCAACCACAACAAGUACAUGGUGACCGACAGAGUGGCGUAUGUAGGCACGUCUAACUGGUCAGCUGACUACUUCAACACCACUGCUGGAGUGGGCUUGGUGGUUUCCCAGGAUGCUUUGCAGGGAGACUCGUUCCAUCAGCAGUUGAACGGCGUGUUUGCCCGAGACUGGGACUCGCAGUUUGCCGUCCCGCUCGCUGAGCUCACGCCGAACCACGACUGUGUGUUCUCCACACACACACCAUAGAUACACACACUUCACCGCUGCAUUAAACUUGAAAUAUAAAUGUCACGUACAUCUCACAUGUUUCAAACAAACUGAUAUUUGUAUCGUUAUAUAUGUAUUAUUUGCAUGUCUCUAAAUAAGGGAAUCCUCUUGGCCAUUUCAUUUGAAAAAAUAUUUUCUAAUUCAAUAAAAUGUAAUAUGUUUGAUAAAUUUACGUAGCUGGAAUGUGAUGUUUUAAUAGUGUUUUUCAUUUUCAGUGUUUCAAAUAUAGAUAGAUAUUCUUAUUUGUAUUUUUUUUUUUUACCAUUGUUAAUGUUUGUGUAUUUCAUUGUAAUUGUAUACACAAAAAA